AAGAGGCGCUCCCAGGCGGCGCAGCUGCUGCCGGCUCCUCCCGGUGGUUCCUUCUCCCUGCUGAUCCGGGGGUGCCCGGGGCUCCGUGAUGGAGCUGGGCGGCCCUUUUCUUCUUCUCUUCCUUCUUCUGCGUGUCUCCGCUGGCUCCGCCUUCUCCUGCUGACGGCGCCGCGGACCCCUCUGGACCCCGCUGUCCGUGGCCUGCGGCCCCGCCCGAGAAAACUCCAAGAGAUCAUAAAAAGGAAAAAACCCUUUGCAUCUGAUUUCUGGACUCAACACUAUAGGAAAUCAAAAUGUCAGGAGCUUCUGUGAAGGUGGCUGUCCGGGUCAGGCCCUUCAAUUCCAGAGAGACCAGCAAAGAAUCCAAAUGCAUUAUCCAGAUGCAAGGCAACUCAACCAGUAUUAUCAACCCAAAGAACCCCAAGGAAGCACCAAAGUCCUUCAGCUUUGACUACUCCUACUGGUCUCACACCUCGCCUGAAGAUCCCUGCUUUGCAUCUCAGAACCGUGUGUACAAUGAUAUUGGGAAGGAGAUGCUGUUGCAUGCCUUUGAGGGCUACAAUGUGUGUAUCUUCGCCUAUGGGCAGACUGGAGCUGGGAAAUCCUACACCAUGAUGGGCAAACAGGAGGAAAGCCAGGCAGGCAUCAUCCCACAGCUGUGUGAAGAACUGUUUGAGCAAAUCAAUGACAACAGUAAUGAGGAGAUGUCCUAUUCUGUGGAGGUCAGUUACAUGGAGAUUUAUUGUGAGAGAGUCAGAGACUUACUGAAUCCGAAGAACAAGGGGAACUUGCGGGUGCGAGAGCACCCUCUGCUUGGACCCUAUGUGGAGGACCUGUCCAAGUUAGCAGUCACCUCUUAUACAGACAUUGCAGACCUCAUGGAUGCUGGGAACAAAGCCAGGACUGUGGCAGCUACAAACAUGAAUGAAACCAGUAGCCGCUCUCACGCUGUGUUUACGAUUGUCUUUACUCAGAAGAGACAUGACACAGAAACCGAUCUUUGCACCGAGAAGGUCAGCAAGAUUAGCCUUGUGGAUCUAGCUGGGAGUGAGAGAGCAGACUCAACUGGUGCCAAAGGGACUCGAUUAAAGGAAGGAGCGAAUAUCAACAAGUCUCUCACAACACUAGGCAAAGUAAUUUCAGCCUUGGCAGAAGUGAGUAAAAAGAAGAAGAAGACAGACUUUAUUCCAUACAGGGAUUCUGUGCUAACGUGGCUACUUCGGGAAAAUCUAGGUGGAAACUCCAGAACUGCCAUGGUUGCUGCUCUGAGUCCGGCAGAUAUCAACUAUGAUGAAACUUUGAGCACUUUAAGAUAUGCAGAUCGUGCAAAGCAGAUCAAAUGCAAUGCUGUUAUCAAUGAAGACCCCAAUGCCAAGCUGGUGCGUGAGCUGAAGGAGGAGGUGACGAGGCUCAAGGAUCUCCUGCGUGCCCAAGGACUAGGAGAUAUUAUUGACAUUGAUUCAAUCGGAGAUGAUUACUCUGGAAGUGGAGGCAAAUAUCUGAAAGAUUUUCAGAACAAUAAACAUAGAUACUUGCUAGCCUCCGAGAAUCAACGCCCUGGCAAUUUUUCCACAGCCUCCAUGGGGUCCCUCAGUGCAUCUCCAUCUUCCUGCUCUCUCAAUAGUCAGGUGGGCUUAACAUCUGUGUCCAGCAUACAGGAGAGGAUCAUGUCUACACCUGGAGGAGAGGAAGCCAUUGAACGUUUGAAGGAAUCAGAGAAGAUCAUUGCAGAGUUGAAUGAGACCUGGGAGGAGAAGCUGCGGAAGACUGAGGCCAUUAGGAUGGAGAGGGAGGCCUUGCUGGCCGAGAUGGGAGUUGCCAUUCGUGAAGAUGGAGGAACACUGGGAGUCUUCUCUCCUAAAAAGACACCUCAUCUUGUGAACCUCAAUGAAGAUCCACUCAUGUCAGAAUGUCUGCUUUACUAUAUCAAAGAUGGCAUCACUAGGGUUGGACAGGCAGAUGCCGAGCGGCGACAAGACAUUGUGCUGAGUGGGGCUCACAUUAAAGAGGAACACUGUCUCUUCCGAAGUGAGAGGAACCACAAUGGUGAUGUUAUUGUUACUCUGGAGCCUUGUGAACGGUCGGAAACAUACGUCAAUGGCAAGAGGGUUGUACAGCCUGUGCAAUUGCGCUCAGGAAAUCGUAUCAUCAUGGGUAAAAAUCAUGUGUUCCGAUUCAACCACCCUGAGCAGGCACGAGCAGAGAGGGAGAAGACUCCAUCAGCCGAAACUCCCUCUGAACCAGUAGACUGGACAUUUGCUCAGAGAGAACUCUUGGAGAAACAGGGCAUUGAUAUGAAGCAGGAGAUGGAGAAGAGGUUACAAGAAAUGGAGAUUUUGUACAAGAAGGAGAAAGAGGAAGCAGAUCUCUUGUUGGAGCAGCAGAGGCUGGACUAUGAGAGUAAAUUGCAGGCCUUGCAGAAGCAGGUUGAGACACGAUCCUUAGCUGCUGAGAUGACAGAAGAGGAAGAGGAGGAAGUGCCGUGGACUCAGCGUGAAUAUGAACUGGCCCAGUGGGCAUUCAGGAAAUGGAAGUUCCACCAGUUCACUUCAUUAAGGGAUCAGCUCUGGGGUAAUGCAGUCUAUCUGAAAGAGGCCAAUGCAAUCAGCGUGGAAUUAAAGAAGAAGGUGCAGUUUCAGUUUGUUCUACUAACCAACACGCUCUAUUCCCCUCUGCCCCCUGAGCUGCUGCCCAAUGAGACAGAGAAAACUCGGAAUGACAGACCUUUCCCUCGGACAGUAGUGGCUGUGGAAGUCCAAGAUCUGAAGAAUGGAGCAACACAUUACUGGUCCCUGGAGAAACUCAAGCAGAGAUUGGAGCUGAUGCGGGAGAUGUAUGACAGGGCUGGAGAAAUGGCGUCCAAUGCCCAGGAUGAGAAUGAGAGCACAAUGACUGGUAGUGACCCCUUCUACGAUCGAUUCCAUUGGUUCAAACUGGUUGGUAGCUCCCCCAUUUUCCAUGGCUGCGUGAAUGAGCGUCUUGCUGACCGCACGCCCUCCCCCACUUUCUCCACGGCUGACUCCGACAUAACCGAACUGGCCGAUGAGCAGCAGGAUGAGAUGGAAGACUUUGAUGAUGAGGCCUUUGUGGAUGAUACUGGCUCCGACGCUGGAACCGAGGAGGGAUCCGAUCUCUUCAAUGAUGGGCACGACCCGUUUUACGACCGGUCCCCUUGGUUCAUUUUAGUGGGAAGGGCAUUUGUAUACCUGAGCAAUCUUCUAUACCCAGUGCCCCUUAUCCACAGAGUGGCAGUUGUCAGUGAGAAGGGGGAGGUUCGAGGAUUUCUGCGUGUGGCAGUGCAGGCAAUAGCAGCGGACGAAGAAGCUCCAGAUUAUGGAUCUGGCAUUCGGCAAUCUGGCACAGCUAAAAUUUCUUUUGAUGAUGAAUACUUUAAUAAGAGUGACUUUUCUUCAGUUGCAAUGACUCGUUCUGGACUGUCGCUAGAAGAACUGAGAAUUGUGGAAGGGCAAGGUCAGAGUUCAGAGGUCAUCACUCCCCCAGAAGAAAUUAACAGAAUGAACGACCUGGACCUGAAGUCAGGCACUUUGUUGGAAGGGAAGAUGGUGAUGGAAGGGUUUACCGAGGAGGUUGGCGACCACCUGAAACUGGGUAGUGUGUUCACCUUCCGCGUGACAGUGCUGCAGGCCAGUGGCAUCCUCCCAGAAUAUGCAGAUAUCUUCUGUCAGUUCAACUUUUUACAUAGACACGAUGAAGCUUUCUCUACUGAACCUCUCAAAAACAAUGGUCGGGGGAGUUCUCUUGGGUUUUACCAUGUCCAGAAUAUCGCUGUGGAAGUGACAGAAUCUUUUGUGGAGUACAUCAAAACUAAGCCAAUUGUGUUUGAAGUCUUUGGGCACUACCAGCAGCACCCUCUCCAUCUGCAGGGACAGGAUCUCAACAGCCCUCCUCAGCCAUCCCGACGAUUCUUUCCACCGCCCAUGCCACUCUCAAAGCCAGUGCCAGCCACAAAGCUAAACACUAUGAGCAAAACUAACCUGGGCCAGAGCAUGAGCAAAUACGACCUCCUUGUCUGGUUUGAGAUCAGCGAGCUGGAGCCAACAGGAGAAUACAUCCCUGCUAUUGUUGACCACACUGGAGGCUUACCCUGCCAGGGGACGUUCUUGCUUCACCAGGGAAUCCAGCGUAGGAUCACAGUCACCAUUAUCCAUGAGAGAGGCAGUGAAUUGCACUGGAAAGAUGUGCGAGAACUGGUUGUUGGACGCAUCAGAAACAAAGCCGAGGUAGAUGAAGCUGCUGUGGAUGCUAUUCUGUCUUUGAAUAUAAUCUCUGCAAAGUACCUGAAGUCUUCUCACAGCUCCAACAGGACUUUCUAUCGUUUUGAGGCUGUUUGGGAUAGCUCCUUGCAUAACUCCCUCCUCCUCAAUCGAGUGACACCCUAUGGAGAGAAGAUCUAUAUGACCUUGUCUGCAUAUCUGGAGCUUGACCACUGCAUCCAACCAGCUGUGAUUACCAAGGAUGUCUGUAUGGUCUUCUACUCACGAGAUGCCAAGAUCUCACCACCGCGCUCGCUGCGCAAUCUCUUUGGCAGCGGCUACUCCAAAUCCCCAGACUCCAAUCGAGUAACUGGAAUCUAUGAGCUGAGUUUAUGCAAAAUGGCAGACACAGGAAGCCCAGGAAUGCAGAGGAGGAGAAGGAAAGUCCUGGAUACGUCUGUGGCAUAUGUCCGUGGGGAAGAGAACCUGGCAGGUUGGAGGCCCCGUGGUGACAGCCUCAUUCUAGAGCACCAGUGGGAACUGGAGAAGCUGGAGCUGCUGCAUGAGGUGGAAAAGACUCGUCACUUCCUGCUACUGCGUGAGAAACUUGGCGACAGCAUCCCCAAAUCCUUGAGUGACUCGUUGUCCCCCAGUCUGAGCAGUGGGACCCUCAGCACCUCCACCAGCAUUUCCUCCCAAAUUUCCACUACCACUUUUGAGAGUGCUGUCACGCCCAGUGAAAGCAGCGGCUAUGACUCUGCAGACAUUGAGAGCCUGGUGGAUAGGGAGAAAGAGCUGGCAACCAAGUGCCUGCAGCUUCUUACCCAUACUUUCAACCGUGAAUUUAACCAGGUGUACAACAGCAUCAGUGAUUGUAAGCUAUCCGAUAUCUCUCCAAUCGGACGUGACCCAUCAGUGUCCAGUUUCAGCAGUGCCACCCUCACACCUUCAUCCACCUGUCCCUCUCUGGCAGAUUCAAGGUGCAAUUCAGUGGAUCAGAAGACUCCAGAAGCAAAUUCCCGUGCCUCCAGCCCGUGCCCAGAGUUGGAACAAUUCCAGCUGGUUACAACAGUGGAAACCUCCUUCCUGGCCAGAGCUGGAAAGAAUGAAUUCCUGAACCUUGUUCCAGAUAUUGAGGAAAUCAGACCUGGUUCUGUGGUCUCAAAGAAGGGGUACCUCCACUUCAAGGAGCCACUCUCCAGCUCCUGGGCCAAGCACUUUGUGAUAGUCCGCCGUCCAUACGUCUUCAUUUACAACAGCGACAAAGAUCCUGUGGAGAGGGGGAUCAUAAACCUGUCCACCGCUCAGGUGGAGUACAGCGAAGAUCAGCAGGCAAUGGUGAAGACCCCCAAUACCUUUGCUGUGUGCACAAAGCAUCGUGGGGUCCUGCUCCAGGCCAUCAAUGACAAAGAUAUGAACGACUGGUUAUACGCCUUCAACCCUCUUCUUGCUGGCACAAUACGGUCAAAACUGGCCCGAAGACGCACGGGCCUGCUGAAACACAAUAUGCACUUCCAGUGUGUGCACAAACAAAGACUGCCCGUGCAGGAAGAAGCUCCCUGAGCUGGAGUUAAGGAGAUUUCAAGACUGUUCUAAGAAUGAACUAGAGGUUAAUUUUAAGCACUAAGUCACUACUGCUGCUGCCACCAUCGGUAACGAAGGUGGGACCUUUCUGAGAAGGGGAGGGAUGGUGACGAUUAGAGGUGGUAUUAUGUGACGCACUGAACUUUUUUUUAAUUUUUUUAACUAGAACAAAACUAGUUUGCAAAGUCUUUGCUUUGGAUAGGCCAGAAGCUGGAAAAUUCGCUAAAUUGUAUUUAUUUAUAAAUAUAUCAUGUAUAAACGUGAUUAAGGGACCCUCCUUAGGAAACGGGAGGUGGCAUAUGGGUAUCUUAUUACUACAGAACUGCAAUGUUACAAAUGUGUUGCAUAAAUUUCACACUCCUAUAUUUGAGGACUGCAGGCAGCUUCCGGUGGCCUGAUCUUUGAUCUACAUACAGGUCACUGGAAGUGUAAAAUUCUAUUUUUAAGUUUCUACAUUUCCUAAAGCCCCAUAAUCUGUAGAGAGUUCAAAGGGGGCAGUACCACCUUGCAGUCUGAUGCAAGAGAGAUGUUGAAUCUUCUAGAGUCUCUCACUGGUAAUGGAGCUCUGCUCUGCAAUGGCAGUGUUCCCUUGGUCCUUUAAAUUAAGAAGUAGAAAAAUACUAGAUUUUUUAAAUUAAUUGAAAUUCAUAUUUUUGUAUAGGCUUCCUGUUCUAGCCCAAAGAGUUUAAAAUGGAAAAAAUAUGUGGGGCAGGGAAAACUGUCACCCCUCCUGAAGUUUAAAAAUCCACCUGAGCUGUUUUGAUGGUUGAUCUGCAUGCAGGCUGCCCUGGAGUCAGCCAGCUCUUGGGAUUUGCUGCUGGAAAGUGGGCACCAUGCCAUGGGCCAGCCAACCUUUUGAGCAUGGGCACUGAUCCUAAAGGAUGUCCCUUGGAAAAAGUUAAGAUUGCAGGCACACCUCUAGUUUGGGUUUUUAAUUUAAUUUAAUCAAAUAAUGGAAGGAAAGAAAUGACCCAAAGGCCAGUGAAAAUGACACUAGUGUUUAAGUUCCACAAGCCAUUUUAUUUUAAAAAGAAUUGAUAACUGUAUUUUAGAGAUGCACUUUAAUUUUUUUUAAACAAAAUCCUUUAUCCUGGGAUGCAGAAGGGAAGGGAGAGGAUUUCCAAACCAUUGGGAAGGUUUGUCAUGCGCAUGUCGAAUAUCUUUACUACUGCUCAGUGAGGUGUUUCAAAGCAAAGACUUUACUUUCUGCUGCUUGUUAUCUAAUUUACAGGGAUAUUUAAUUUUUUAUGUAAUGUAUUGUAUAUUUAUACAUCUGUAAUUAAUUGCACAUUAGAUAAGGAAGAGAGCAUUAUCCUGGGUAUAGAACCCGCUGGUACUCUGCAAUUAAUACUGCCUAUGCAUCACUCUGGUACUUACAUAGCAUCAGUUUGUGUUAGUGGUGGUCUGGAUUUUUUUCUUUUUUAUUAAAGAUGCAGUUUUUAACCUGCUGCUUAAAGGAAGGAUACUAAUGCUGCUGCUCUUGGAAGGUUUGCAGAAUGUCUUUAAAUGGGACUCUAACUUGUGUGUGUUGCAUCUCUCCUUUGUGGCUAAUUACCCUGUAUGUGGUCUGAACUGUACUGUACGUAGCAGGAAUGUAUUCAUUUUGUGCUUCCUUGUUAAACAGAAACAUCAGCUGUUCGAGAACAGAAAUGAGAGAUUUUUGUUCAGAAGGCCAUUUAUGAGUUCUAAGUAUUGGAGGCCUAAAAACAAUCUAACACUAAACAGAUUACUUAACCUUGUGUCAAUAUUAAUUUUAAAUUUGCUUCAAUGAGUGAGAGAAGCUGUGCACUCAAGCUUGUGAGUCUAGCACUGGAGGGUUAUAAGACCUGUUUUUAAUGUUGCCAAAUUAAUGGCCUGACCUGACAUACUGAGCUAUCCCUAGCUGCUGUUGAAACCAAGGGUUGGGAAUUGGGGAAGUUAUGGGAUGCUCAGCACUUCUCAGGAUGAGGCCUUAAUUUUCAUUCUGCUUGUUCGGAGCACAUACUCCAUGUGCAGUCUGUUAAUGUUCUUGACUUUGGACGUUAGAAAUGCUGUUGCACUGAAAUAACUAUAUUUUUUUUUAACCAGUGUUUCUUUCCAUCUCCCUAUUCAAGUCCUCCAUACAUGGCAGACACGAUAUAGCAUAAGUAGCCUUCUUGAACAAAUCUCUUUGCAAACUGAUCUCAUCCCAGCAAAGGAGUGCAUCAGCAACACUGUACAAUAUUAAUUUGAUUUUCAUUCUCAUGUUUUAUUUUGUAAAUAUAUCUGAUGUUUGGAGCUUGAGUAUACAAAAUGUAAAUAUAGUUCAUGUAUUUGUACUAAUUCUGAUCCAUUUGCUGUAUAGCCUUAGGUGUGCAAUGCAGAUAUCUAACUGUGUAUGGUAACCUUGCACCACUGAACUGUUAGUGAACAAGGUGAAACAAUAAAGGUACAACCAGUGCAUUAGCA